UGUCGCUUCACGGAGCAGCAUGGCGGCCACGGAGGAUGAGAGGUUGGCUAGCGGAGAGGGAGAGCGGCUGGAUUUCCUGCGGGACCGGCACGUGCGGUUCUUCCAGCGCUGCCUCCAAGUCUUGCCAGAGCGCUAUUCUUCCCUGGAGACCAGCAGGUUGACAAUUGCGUUCUUUGCCCUCUCAGGCCUGGACAUGUUGGAUUCCUUAGAUGUGGUGAACAAAGAUGAUAUAAUAGAAUGGAUUUAUUCCUUGCAGGUUCUUCCCACAGAAGACAGGUCAAAUCUAAAUCGCUGUGGUUUCCGAGGCUCUUCAUACCUGGGUAUUCCAUUCAACCCAUCAAAGAGCCCUGGAACAGCUCAUCCUUAUGACAGUGGACACAUAGCAAUGACCUACACUGGCCUUUCAUGUCUAAUUAUUCUUGGAGAUGACUUAAGCCGAGUAGAUAAAGAAGCUUGUUUAGCAGGCUUGAGAGCACUUCAGCUUGAAGACGGGAGUUUUUGUGCUGUCCCUGAAGGCAGUGAGAAUGACAUGAGGUUUGUGUACUGCGCUUCCUGUAUCUGCUACAUGCUCAACAACUGGUCAGGCAUGGAUAUGAAGAAAGCAAUCAGCUACAUUAAAAGGAGUAUGUCUUAUGACAAUGGGCUGGCACAGGGAGCGGGACUUGAAUCUCAUGGAGGAUCAACCUUUUGUGGCAUUGCAUCACUGUGCCUGAUGGGUAAACUGGAAGAAGUUUUUUCAGAAAAAGAACUAAACAGGAUAAAGAGAUGGUGUAUAAUGAGGCAGCAGAAUGGAUACCAUGGAAGACCUAAUAAGCCUGUUGACACCUGUUACUCCUUCUGGGUGGGAGCAACUUUAAAGCUUCUGAAAAUUUUCCAGUAUACUAACUUUGAAAAGAACAGGAAUUACAUCUUAUCAACUCAGGAUCGCCUGGUGGGAGGAUUUGCCAAAUGGCCAGACAGUCACCCAGACGCUUUGCAUGCAUACUUCGGGAUCUGCGGCCUGUCACUAAUGGAGGAGAGUGGAAUCUGUAAGGUUCAUCCUGCUCUGAAUGUAAGCACACGAACUUCUGAGCGCCUUCAAGAUCUUCAUCAAAGCUGGAAGACCAAGGACUCUAAAGAGUGUUCAGAGAAUGUCCAUAUUUCUACUUGACUGACCCUGGGUCGUGGGUUUGUAGCAUAAUUGUAGCUCAAGGUUAAAAGCCAUGUGUAACCAAGUGUGCUCUUUUUUAAGGAGUAGUCUUAAGUCAAAGCUUGUACUGCUAACACUGCAGGAUUGGUCUUGAUCCAGUAACCACUGUACUGGAUGUCAAGACCUCCGCAGGACUCUGUUGUGGCUCUUAAGUGUUUAUACCGUGUUUCUGAGAAGUUUCUUGGGGGAGAUCUGCUAUAUGUAUGUAUGUGUGUUAUCUUCUUAAAACCCUUCAGUACAAGUUCUGGCUUACAAUGGACAUAAUUCUUCAAGUUUACACUUCAUAUGGCAUUGAUAAUCUUAAGGUGAGCAUUUAGUGAUCACUUAAAAAUGUCUACUGCUGAUGGUAAGAAAUUUGCUUUAUCCAAUUAAGUAUCUGGAUUAUUCUUUAAAAAUCGAUGCUCUUAUAAUUUUCUUCAAGAAUAACAUAUUUUGUGUUAUUCUUAAGAUGUGCCAACUAGAUUUGUGUAACCUAAACUGAUGAAAUUAAAAGUUCAUAGUAAGGAAAAAUGAGCUUAACUAAUACUAUAGUUUUCUACAAGAGAGUACUACAACUGAGGGAGAAGUGAUUGAACUGUGAAAUUAUGAAUGAGAAGCUUCUGUGUUGUGUGUCUUUAUUAGAGGUUUCUUGGAUGAGUACCUGUUCUGUUUUGUUUUAAUCCCAAAUCACUGGCUACUUUUUGUCCGGGGCAAGGGAGGAGAUAAUCUUGGCUAUUUAGAAACAAAGACAUUCGGUGUUCUAUUCUUCUGAAGUUCAUGAUACUGUAAAUUAUACUUGUACAGUUCUUUUUAGUUGCUUGGCUGUUUUAUUUUCUUUUUGUUUUUCCUCAGUAUUUUAUAGCCACUAUAGUUAGCUGCUUUAUCUUUCAUUUACCAGGUUGAGCAUCUUUAAUCCAAAAUUCAAUAUCUGGCCAGGUAUAGUGAGGCAUAUGCCUUUAACUCAGCACUCAGGAGGUAGAGGCAGGCAGAACUCUGUGAGUUCAAGGGCAGCUAGAACUACAUAGUGAGACCUUGUCCAUCCGCUCCCCCCCCAAAAAAAAACAGCAACAAAAAUAAUAAAAAUCCAUUAUCUGAAAUGGUCCAGAAUCUAAGUUUUUUUUACUGUCAGUAUGACACAGUUGGAAAAUUCCAGCACUUCAUGCAGCAGGUCUCAGAUGAAUUUCAGGGACACAGUAAAUAGUGUGUAAAGCUGUUUGAAACUACUGAUUAAAAGGUAUGAAAUAAAUGCAUUCCUUGUUCAGGUGCGGGUCCCAUCUGCAAGGUAAAGUGUAUAUGUAAAUGAUCCGAAAUCUGAACACAGAAUCUAAAAUCUGAAGCAUUACUUUUAGUUCCAUGCGUUCUGGAUAGUGAGACUCAGCCUGGAAAUGAUUUUCUAAUGUUUUUAAGUUUGAUAAAUCUUUAACUACAAACAGAACCAUGGAAGUAUACAUAAUCGUUUCUAUUUUUCUAUUUUUGACUAAGUGGGAAGAAAAUAUAUCCAUCUAGAGGGGAUAAACUAUGGUUUUACUUAUUCAUUGUCUUAUCUUAAUUCUGUGAACUAACAACCAAAAGAAGUUGGUGUAAAAUUCUUUGUUAGCAAUCAACUUGUCAUUAAAUCACAUCCAUGACUUGGUGACAAGAGGGAAAUUUCUUUCUUUUUUUUUUUAAAGCUUUAUUUAUUAUGUAUACAACAUUCUUCCUCCAUGUAUGCCCGCAAGCUAGAGGAGGGCGCCAGAUCUCAGUACAGAUGGCUGUGAGCCACCAUGUGGUUGCUGGGAAUUGAACUCAGGUCCUCUGGAAAAGCAGCCAGUGCUCUUAACCUCUGAGCCAUCUUUCCAGCCCCACAAGAGGGAAAUUUCUUCACUAGAGGAAAUGGAUGUGUUGGUCUUGUUCAUAAUAAAAGUUAUAUCAUUAAUCUACAGACAUCAUUGUAAAAGCUAAAUUAUUAGUGUUACUGGGUAGAUAAUAACAUCUUCAUUAUUAACUAAAGAGACAUUUCCUAAAUAAUAUUUCAAAAGGGAAACCUGGCAUAUGAUUAAAAAUAAUACAGAACUUAUUGGCAUGUUUAGUUUUAGAGUUGAGUUUGCAAAGUCCAGUAAAGCAGUUUUGGGAGUCUAGCUCAUGGCCCUGACUCCCUGGCUUUGAUCCUUGGCCCCAAAACUAACAAACCAACCGAAUCCUCUUUAUAAAUCAGUCUUUCAGUGGUGGAGAGAAAAGCUUUACCAACAAACGUUACCAUCCCAUGGGUUGUUCCAGUUGUUUCUGUGUAAAUCCAAGCAAAUAACAACAAUCCUGUCUCAAACUGAGUCAUCUCUUAGACAUUAAGAACUGAAACAGCGAUAUGGAAAUGCUCUAGGUGUGUAGCAGAAGCCAAUGCUUUUCUUGAGUUGCUGUCAGUUAUUAAUAAGUAGAAGAUUUAUAACAUAAAAGUAAUUUAUAUUUUCAAACUCCUUGAGUAAUUUAUUGGCAAAGGAAUAUUAAUGGCAGAAUAAUUUUACUAUACUCUAAGAGCCUAGGUUCCACGUGAUACUUUAUGGACCAGUGAAUGUUUGUGUUUCAUAGAAACAUAUCAACCAAAAAAUGUUGAGUUGUUUUGAAGUACGGAAAAACUAUUUCUAGCUUUCCCUAAAUAGUUGUAUCUAAGAAAAUAUUUAUUAAUAAAGUAAAUUCUAAGCACUGUUUUACAUAGAACCUGUUCUCUAGCAGAAGUGACAGUAAGAGGAGAAACAUGAAGUGAAGAUGUGCAGCACCCUUCCCUCCCAGCCGGCCUCCUCCAUUUCCUUAGUGUACUUUCGAAGAGUAAUAGCAAGAAACAUUUAUUUAUCACCUACAGUUUUAGGUUUGACCUGUAAUACUUGUUUUUAUUAGACUUUUAAAUAGGUAUUUAUAAGUAAUAAAGUUCAAAUAUAAAUUUUGCUGACAGUGGUGAUAAUUUGAAGUGUCAGACCUGAUAGUAUUUGAUAAACAGAGUGAUGGAGGUUGUCUGAAGCAGGGUGACUUGAGGUUUAUACCACAUAUCUGCCCGUGAACUGCAUGAUCUUAGAGCCAAUUUUCCCUGUUGGUAAAAUGAAGUAAACAGUAGAAUAAUUUCACUAGGCAGAUCAGGAUUAAAUGAGAUAGUAUAUUAAAAGCACUUUUUCUAAUUAUAGUUUCAUAUGACCAUAAAAGUGUUUUUAAAAAUUUCUUAUACAAGAGAAAUCUUAACAGGGUUUAAACUGAAGGAAGAUGCUGCCAAGAGAGUAGCUUUUUAACUUUCCCAAUAAGUAACAGAAGGAAUAUCAAGUAUAGCCCCAGUCAUUGCAAAACUAGGUGACAGGUAGUACCAGCCUGAGCCUCAGCAUACAAGUGAAAGAACAAAUGUGACCUGUGUGGUUUUGGCCAGCGUAGUUUCACCUCUACAGAGGAUCGAGGAGGAAAGCAGCCUGGUUCUGAAGCCCUGCAAAUCGGAGAACUGUGGUAUUGCCAUGUUCUCACUGCAGAGGGCAGUGGGCAAUCUGAAAAUGAAGGCUGAAACCCGACAGAGCUGUGCAGAAUCCUGCCAGUGAUCUGGUGAGUGCGGGACAGUGGAAGGUAUGUUGGUCAUAGUAAAUAGGACAACCUGGCCUGAUCUGUGUACUGUUUGAAGUUAGGGAAAGCACAGCACUGGGAAGAAACUAGUAGAAUUAGAAUCCAAACUGGACAGGCUAGGCAUGAGACAUAAAGGAGAGAGAGCUAAAAUAAGUAUUGGGAGGAAACACCCGUAGACACAGAUGCAUAAAUAUAGGCAUGUUCAAUCACUUAAAUCACAGGAAAAGGAAGGGUACUGAAAAGAUAGAGCCACUUUGGAGCCACUUUCUAGAGCAACUCUUCUUUCUCAACAACAGUUUAACCUAAAGAAAAAAAACAGGUGAGCAUUCAGUUCCCAGAAUUAGAGUGAACCAGACCAAGGCCCAUGAAACCUAACACUAGGCCAUGAGAGCAUAUAGUGUUUGCAAUGACACACAUUGUCUCAGAACUGGAGCAAGGAAGAGAGCGGAGAAAUAUGUAUAGCUCAAUAAAAACAAUUAAAAAAGAAUUGGAGCACGGAGCAAAACGAAACCAAGCGGAGGAAGGAGGCAAAACAAUAAUGCAAAAGCCAGUUAGUCUUAAGUCAGGAAAUGCAAAGUCUUUUUUGGCAUGGUCGAAAUCCUCAGGGAAUUUAAGACACAGAGGAGGAGCAAGCAGGAAAACAUAAGUGACAAAGGGAAGGGCCACUAAACACAACUGAUUGCCAGUUGUCUUAGGAUUCUCACACAAAUUCAAAGGAAGUUUUUAGAGAAAAAUGCAAAUUGAUAAAAUUCAAUGCAGAGAAUAGAGCUACCAUAGGAAAAUGCAAACAAAAGAUCAUUGUACAAUCUUGUAAGACUGAAGAAUCUCAAUAUUGCUUUAAUAAUUCCAGAGGCUAGAAGAAGGAUGGAUCUUGAACCUCAAAUUGCUCCAUAAAAGGAAAAUUUUCUCAUGUUUACCUUGUAAAGUUGAUAAAAUGACAUAAAUUUAAAAACACAACAAAAAUUAUGGCAAAAAAGCAAAUUCUGGGCCAUUCAGGCUUACUAGUAUCUCCACAGACUGGGGCAAUAGCUCUUUUGGUGGUGUUUGCCACUCAGUCACAAAGACCUGAGCUUGAUCCCCAGCACCCAAGGUAAAAGCCAAGCUUGAUAUUGCGCACUUGUUCCCAGCGCUGAGAAAGCAGAAACAGGCAGAUGCUGGAACCUGUCGGCUAGCCAGCCCAGCCUAAUCGAUGAGCCCCAAAUCCCCCAACAACCCUUCCUAGAAAUAAGGUGAGGCAGGGGAGCUCUUUCAGUUGGUAGAGGCUCUUGCUACACAAGCCUGACAACCAAAUUAGAUUUCCUAGAAUCCGUGUAAAGGUGGAAAGAGAAAACCAGCUCCACAGAGUUGUCCUAUGGCCUCGUGCACGUCAUGACAUGUAUACCCAAAAACACUAAUAAUAAUACAUCUUAAAACCUUAUGUGACAAGCUGAAGAGAACUGAGGUUGACCUCAGGCCUCCACACACCUACAAACACAAACUUAACUAUCAGUACAAAUUACUCAGUGAUUUGUUAGGCCCACAACCCAGAAGCACUUGAAAGAGGGAAUAAAAUCAUGCCUCAAUUGAGUUCGUAUUAGAAAUGAAGGAUAAUUCAGCUUUCGAAAAGCUUAAUAAGGUGUUAAAGAAAAGACAUUUGAUUUAGAAACUGAUAAAUAAUUCCCUAACAUUGCACCUCUACCCUGGAGGCAAGCAUCCUACUGUUGAAUCCAAAGAGCCUUUCUGAUGAAGCCAGAACAAGACUCUGCUUGCUGUGUCCUUUACUCCUUAAUACCACACGAGAACUUGUAGCCAAGGAAGAUUAGAGCACAGAUGUCAGUCAGGAAGAGAUCAGACUUGGCAAACAGGAUCAUCUACUUGAAAAACCCCCAAGGAAUUUUUUGAGUUACCAAACCGUAAGAGAACCUAAGUAGCUGUGGUCGUUAGCGUGCAGGCAGCGCGAGGAUUGCGUUUUCACAGUUCCACAAGGUGGAGCCCAGUGUUGUCAGAAAUUACCUUCUUCCAGCCAGGUCUGCUGUUGUGAGCUUUCCAUAAGUGCGACUGUAUGGUGUACACUGUGUCUUACUUGGCUUCUUUGCCCUAGAAGAGAACACAAGGGCUUUCUGGUGCUGAUUACAUAGGUGCAUUCAUUUUAUGAAUAUUUACCAAGCUGUACCAUCAAUCAUGCUUUGUGCACUGUUCUGUGUAUGUAAAUACAACUCAAUAAAAAUGUUUAGUUAAAAAAAG